CACAAACAUCACGUAAUAAAAAAAUAAAAAUGCUAUUUACCGGCUAAAAAAAAAUAAAGAAUGAAAUCAUGCGAUAUCAAUCUAAUGAAACUGCAGCGUGACACUACUCGCAGCGUGAAAUAUUCCAGACAGUCAUGGCAGCCGUCCAUUGGAAAUACAAUGAAGCCGAGUACAGACAUCGUMACAAAGUAUACGUCGACAAAACUGGACAACUCGAAAAUCUCUAUGAUAUUCUAAGCGACAUUUUACCAUCUGCAAUCGCCAAUAUGGGAUACGAAGUUAGUCAGCAGAGCCAAAUCAACAUUCUAAGCGUUGGAAGUGGAAACGGGGAAACUGAUAUAAAAAUUCUAAACCUUAUCAAAAGUGCAGUUGGUCCAGUUAUGCUGUUCAACCGAGCUAUCGARCCAAAUGAUUCUUUCUUGAACAUUUACAAGAGAACAAUUGAAAACCUGCCCGAUGAGGAAUUAAGUAAAGAAGCCUUCGACAUUUAUCCACCAAGAACGUUUGAAGAGUAUGUUGCUGAACCAAAAGGUGAUGUGAAGUUUGAUAUAGUACACUUUAGYCAUAGUUUGUACUAUAUAGACGUGGAGGAGGCGUUGGUACAUUGUUACAAUGAAGAGUUGAGAGAAAAAGGGAUGAUGAUUACUUGCACGACAGGACCAAAGAACUUGAUGUGCUUGAUAMAAAAGCAAGACAAAAGCUUAGGUCCUACUGCCUUCGAGCGUGUUUCCUCGGUCAUCCAGAAAUAUUCAUGGAAGUACGAAGAACAUACAAAGGAGGACUAUUUUGAUGUUUCUGAUGUUUUUGACGAAUCGUCUGAAGAAGGAAACGCUCUUCUUGAUGUUUUUACGUUWACARUCGAUUUUCGUUCAAGCAACACUCCUGACGAUGUACAGAGAUUUUUGGAUUUGAUCAAAAAAUAUUCUGUGAGUAGAGAUGGAAAAUACUUUGCAAAUUACGAGCAGAAAAUUAUUAUAAUAUAUAAGUGAUCUGCUUUUGUUUUGUGUAAAUCGAAAAAAAAAUGUUCUCUUUGCCAUUAAAAUUCAUAGUUGCAUGCGUAAAUUGGAGUGAUUGUUGUUAAAGCUAAAAGCUAUAUGAAUUGGUUGCCUUAAUGUGCAACCCCCGAAGUGAAAAUUUAUUAGUCGUUAUUUUCAAAAACCAAGUAGCAAAUCAUAAAGAGCAUAGUCAGAUUAUCUAGAAUACGAGCUUUAAGUCCUGUAGCUUUCUGAUGAAGAUAAGCGAAUAAAUAUGAGCUUGAGUCA